CGCUUCAGUUUGUCGUUGCUGAAACGCCAAACAGAAUAUUGAAACCGCUUUUCUCUAUUAAAUUAAAUUUUGUAAACAAUUAAAAUAAGUAGUUUUCGUCGCGAAAAUUAAUAUAAUCUCAUCUUUAUCUCAUUAUUAUUUAUGAAGCCCAUGUGAAUUUAAUUGCUUCCAAGCCUUCCUUUAUGAGCCAUGGCUCAAACCCCAGCCAAGAAUCUCGUUAUCGAGAACGAGGAUCUGCCGUUCGAAGAAGAGUGCCUCCGGAAUCCGUACGCCUUGAGAUCAUGGCAGCGGUAUAUUGAACAUAAAAAGAAGAAAGGCAUCGUGCCUACUAACGUGAUCUACGAAAGAGCUCUCCGACAGCUUCCUGGCAGUUAUAAAUUAUGGUACAAUUAUCUGCGAUCGCGGCAAAAGCAAGUGAAGGGGAAGAGCCCUGCGGAUCCUGCUUUAGACGAAGUCAACAAUGUUUUCGAGCGAUCGCUGGUUUUUAUGCACAAAAUGCCUCGAAUAUGGAUCGAAUACUGCGAGUUCCUGUUAAAACAGCCCAGGAUUACACGAACCAGACGAGUUUUUGAUCGCGCGUUGCGCUCGCUGCCGGUGACACAGCAUGCUCGUAUUUGGCCAAUUUAUUUGCGAUUUCUCAAGAUGCACAACAUUACGGAAACGGCGCUCCGGGUGUACGAUCGUUACCUGAAGCUCUGUCCGGAUGAUGUGGAAGACUACAUCAAAUAUCUGCGUAGUAUCGACCGUUUAGACGAAUGCGCCGUUCAGAUCGUCAAACGGGUGAUCAACAAUGACCGUUUCCUGUCCAAAGAAGGCAAAACCAAGAUUAUGUACUGGAAUGAUCUGUGUGAUCUCAUCUCCUCCAACCCCAAGGCCAUCAAGAGCCUCAACGUGGACGAUGUGAUCCGCGACGGGAUCAGUCGCUUCCCGGAGCAGCGUGGUCGUCUGUGGAACGCCUUGGCGGAUUAUUACAUUCGUGGGGGACAGUUUGAGAAGGCCCGGGAUAUCUACGAGGAGGCCAUUGAUACGGUGACGAUGGUGCGGGAUUUCACGCAGAUCUUCGACGCGUAUGCGCAGUUUGAGGAGACCACCUUGUCGGCCAAGAUGGAAGCGGUAGCGGAAGAGGAGACGGAAGGAAACGAAGAGGAUGAUGUGGAUAUUGAGCUGCGGAUGGCCCGCUUGGAGAUGGUCAUUGAGAGGCGACCGGUUCUGAUCAACAGUGUUCUCCUACGUCAGAAUCCACAUAACGUUGGAGAAUGGCAUAAAGGAGUCGAGUUAUUCAAGGACAAACCUGGGGAUGUGAUUAAAACGUUUAUGGAAGCCGUUAAAACCAUUGAACCCAAGAAAUCAUGUAACGGACGAUUUUCAUCCAUUUGGAUUGCUUUUGCGCAGUUCUACGAUAAGCACGGCCAACAAGACGACGCUCGGAUUAUUUUCGAAAAAGCGCUGGAGGUGAAUUAUGACAAGGUGGAGGAACUGGGCGAUGUUUGGUGUGCAUACGCGGAAAUGGAACUGAAACACGAUCAACCAAAGCGUGCUAUCAAAUUGCUGCAGCGGGCCACCACUCCUCCAGCCCGGAAAGCCGGUUUCUAUGACGAGAGUGAAACUGUACAGAAUCGCAUCUAUCGAUCCCUGAAAAUAUGGUCUUUUUAUGCCGAUUUGGAGGAAAGUUUUGGGACUUAUGAGACGACCAAAGCUGUCUACGAUCGGAUAAUUGAUCUGCGCAUUGCUACGCCCCAGAUUAUCAUGAAUUACGGCGUGUUUCUGGAGGAAACCAACCAUUUUGAGGAAGCUUUCAAGGCCUACGAAAAAGGUGUCGGAUUAUUUCGUUGGCCCAACGUAUACGACAUUUGGAAUACGUACCUCAGUAAAUUCGUGCAGCGCUAUGCCGGCAAGAAAUUGGAGCGGACCCGCGAUCUCUUUGAACAGUGCCUGCACGACUGCCCGCCGAAAUUCGCCAAGCAUUUCUAUCUGAUGUACGCGAAAUUGGAGGAGGAACAUGGAUUGGCACGGCAUGCCAUGAAGGUGUAUGAGCGCGGUUGUACGGCGGUGCUGAAAGAGGAGCAGUAUGAAAUGUUCAACAUCUACAUCAAAAAGGCCGCUGAGCUGUACGGGAUUACGUCGACACGGGAAAUCUACGAGAAGGCCAUUGAGAGUCUCCCGGAUGAUCAGGCGCGAGAGAUGUGUAUCCGCUUCGCGGAUUUGGAGCGGAAGUUAGGGGAGAUUGACCGGGCGCGAGCAAUUUAUGCACAUUGUGCACAGAUCUGUGAUCCACGCGUGGCAGCGCAUUUUUGGGAAGUAUGGAAAGAUUUCGAAGUCCGUCACGGUAAUGAAGACACUGUGCGCGAAAUGCUGAGAAUCAAGCGGUCGGUGCAGGCAACCUACAACACCCAAGUGAACUUUAUGGCCGCACAAAUGAUGGCUGCGCUCGGAAAAGGCGUGCAAGAAAAUCAACCAGCGGAUGACAUGAAGCGGUUAGAAGUUCAGGCCGCAGAAAACGGCGCUGCAGUGCCGGUCUCAGCGACAACAGCACCUUCAAUAAUCCAGAAAUCUCCACAGAAAGCCGUUUCCUUCGUACGCAGCGAUGAAACCGUACCCGGAACAGCCGGUCAACUGAUGCCGGCGGCCAAUCCCGAAGAAAUCCAACUAGACUUGGAUGAUGACGACGAGGAAGACGGUGAACAGCCAGCGCAGCGUGUUGUAAUUGAACAGCAGAAUAUUCCCAGCGAAGUAUUUGGAACGCUGGCUUCUAAGCGGAAAGCGCCGGAUGAUGAGGAGUGAGAUAUUUUUCAUUAAUGGGAUGUAAGGAUUUAUUUUUUGAGCCUUAAAUAUUGAAAAAUAGUCUUGUUGACCAUAGUUCUGCCAUUUACUUCCUUGUUUUUAUUAGAUUGAUCAUUCGAAGCAUACUGUAUCUUAUUUUUUCAAUGCGGCGAUGCGUUACUGUUUUUGAUGUUUUAGCCCUUCCUAUUUAUUUGACGGUUUAUCUCAGUUUUGCUGUAAAAUUUGUAGAGCAGAUUGAGUCAUCAGUUCAAUAAGAAGCAAAAAUACCGAUAUUUAA